AUGUUUCUCACUUUCGAGUCCUCUCAAAAGAGUGACAAAAGCCCGCGUAAUCCUAAGCACUCGAAGAAGAACUCGCGGGCGAGUCGUCGAGGCUCUCAGCCACGAGCCUGUGCAUCUUGUCGUCAUCGGAAAAUCAAAUGCGAUGGCCAAAAACCAUGCGAGGCCUGCCGAUGGUAUAGAAAGCCUGAACAAUGUUCAUAUCCAGACCGUCAAGAGUCUCAGAGCUCUCCAAGGUACAUCGCGCGCCGAUCUUCACAGAGCCCGAAUAAGCCUGUUUGGACAUGGACUCACUCGAAUACUCAGUCAGACAAGGCAACAGCGGCUUCAAGCGACUACCGAAGCACGUUGGCGAGGCUCUUUCCUGACAAAUCUCCAGAAAGGAUCGCGCACAUGUCUAGAGAAGAGCUUCUGGCUCUAAUGUCUUUUGAUAUGUCCCAGUACUCACAGCCUCAAGACUCUCCCGCUAACAAUCCGUCAGUGGGGACCAAAGCAUCGACAAUAUCAAUGGAGCGACCUGACCUGGAGUCUCUGCAUUCCAUCCCCGGAGAAGCAUUAGAAGAAAGUCAGAGCUCCGGUACUUCGGACUCACUAGGUCACAUUUCAGACGACGUCAAUGCUUUGUCAUUGACAACCCGCAACCCAACUUCUUACCUUGGAGUAUCUUCUAUCCAGGCCGCAUUAAAGGUCAUUGCCUGGCUACAUCCAGAGUUUGAAGCCUAUUUCUCACUACCUUCAAACAAGGAAAACGAUCAGCAAAGCGAAGUGCCACCGCAACCUCUAGCUCCACCUGUAUCCUGUCCAGCGCCAACCGAGAUAGACAUGCUGAAUGCGUACUUUACCGACUUUCACCCGUUUGCACCACUGAUAGACGAAGAAAACUUUCGCCAGACUUAUGUGAAUGGCCAAAGGAGAGAUAAUCGCUGGCUCUCGCUGCUGAAUAUCGUGCUGGCGUUGGGGAAUAUCGCGGCGUCUGGUUCAGGCGCGGACAAUCAGAUGCACCACACAUAUUUCCAGCGUGCAAUGAACCAGUUGAAUUUGAGCUCCUUGGGGACACCAAGUCUGGAAGUGACGCAGGCUCUGGGACUCAUGGGCGGCUGGUACUGUCACUAUAUCAGCCAGCCAAAUCUGGGAUAUUCUUUAAUGGGGGCGGCCCUGCGCAUGGCGAUGACUUUGGGUCUACAGCGGGAGCCAUAUGACAAUCAGCUGUCCGUCAACCCGUCCAAGUCAUUUGCGCAAGAAGGAAAGCGUCGCGUCUGGUGGUCACUCUGUUGCUUGGAGAUCUGGGGCCUGGAGACACUCGGCCGUCCGAGCAUGGACUGUUUCGGCCCUGGGAUCACGGUCAACCUUCCAAACCUCCUCGACAAGGAAAAUUACACCAAAAUCCUGGCCUUGACGGAAAAUGUCCAAUUUGUGCGCAUCGCAACGAAAAUACACGCCUUGCUUGCAUCACUGCCCACCAUCAAAUAUGCCGAAAUCUUCGACAUUGACUCACAGCUGGUGCAAUGGUGGAAUAACCUGCCACCUAUUCUCAAGGACUACGAGCCAUGUCCCAAGAACAUCUACACGGUGCGUACCGUCAUGCGAUGGCGAUUCUUCAAUCAACGCAUGCUUCUAUACCGACCGACACUUCUCAACUACGCGAUUCGCAGAAUCCCCUUCAUGGCCAUCCGCGCCGAAGAGCGCGCUGCCAUCGAAAGAUGUCACGAGAUUGCAAAAUCCUGCAUCCAUGAUAUUUCCAUUACUUCUCCGAUGAACAACAUGAUCGGCUGGAACGCCGUUUGGUUGCUUUUCCAGGCCACCAUGGUUCCGCUCGUAUGCCUUUCUCUGAAUUCCGCACACGAGGUCUCUCCAGGCCUGGCCGAGGACUGCAAGGCACAAGUCGAGACGGCCAUUCUCACACUUGACCGACUGAAACUAUACGGACAUACGGCCAAGCGAUCGCGAGAGGUCAUCUCGCGCAUCCUCGAAGCCAACCUGCAAACUCCGGGCGGGGAGGUCUUUGAUGCAAGCGCAAGCCAGAUUGGUGCGCAAGACAUUCCCUUUAUGAAUUCCUUGAGUAAUCCUCCCGGCGUGGGCCCUGAAUCGGUGGCUGAUCGCAUGAACGCUGGGAUCGGGAAUGGUUGGUCCGAGUCGAUGUGGGAAUAUCUGGGGUGGGAGUCUGGAGAACUUUGGCCGGAUAUUUCAAGACUGAACGCGCAGACUGAGGGUAUGCCUUUCUUGGAUCCUGGCGAUACUGCGAUGUAA